UCAAAAUCAACUCUUUCUCCCUAAAGAAGAAAACAGAAGCUGCGGCUACAUCUCUCUAAUCAAAUAAUAUCGAAGUCAGUAUGGCGUAUGUAGCACCAAUGAAGGCAACUAAACCAGGGCUAGAAGAGCCCCUCGAACAGAUUUCCAAGAUUAGAAUCACUCUUUCUUCCAAAAACGUUAAGAAUCUUGAAAAAGUGUGUGCUGAUUUGGUUCGCGGUGCUAAGGACAAAAGGCUCAGGGUAAAGGGACCUGUGCGAAUGCCCACAAAGGUUCUUAACAUUACCACUAGGAAGUCUCCCUGUGGAGAAGGCACAAAUACAUGGGACAGGUUUGAACUACGUGUCCACAAGCGUGUGAUUGACCUUUUCAGCUCACCAGAUGUUGUCAAGCAGAUCACCUCAAUCACCAUUGAACCUGGCGUUGAAGUUGAGGUCACCAUUGCUGAUUCUUAGAUUCUUCACUCUUUUCAUUAGGUUGUUGAAUUGCUGUUUAAGUAUACUAGUUGUUUGGAAUUUCUUUCUUGGCCGUCUUAAUGUUUGCAGACCAAAUGUACUGGAGGUUUUCUUUAUUCCAACUACAGUUUUGCAGUUAAACCGGAUACUACUAUUGAAGAGAAUUUGUGCGUUGUUAUUUGACAA